AUGAAUUUCCUUCUCAGUAACGAAGAGAACGAGGCCAUUGCCGCCGUCGAAGCUAUCAAUGCCAUCAACAACACAAAUACAAUCCGAUCUGGUCACUCAACAUGUUUGCGCUUCAACCGGACAGGUGACCUCCUAGCCUCUGGUAGAGUGGACGGCACGGUGGUUAUCUGGGACAUUGAGACGAUGGGCGUGGCAAGGAAGAUGCGAGGUCAUCAUAGAAGCAUCACGUCUCUGAGUUGGUCGAGAUGCGGCCGCUACCUGCUGUCGGCGUGUCAAGGUUGGAAGGCCGUCUUGUGGGAUCUGAAAGACGGCAGGCGGUACCGUGAGGUUCGCUUUCGAGCCCCGGCGUACAUCGCGGAACUCAAUCCCUUUAAUCACCACCAGUUUGUCGCCUCCAUAUUCGAGGAGCAGCCGAUCCUCGUUGAUGUGUCAGAUGUAACCGAUGUCAAAUACCCCCUCAGCUCGGCGCCGAAACGACCCGACAUAGAUGGAGAGCCCACCGAGAAGCAGCUGAAGGAGGACGCGAAACAAAUGACGACCGUCACGAUUUUUACCUCUACAGGAGAGCACAUUCUGGCGGGAACAAAUAAGGGGUGGAUCAACGUCAUUGACGUCAAGACCAGAAAGACAAUAUACUCAGAGAAGCCCUGCAGUGGCGUCAUCACGACGUUGCGCCUCAACAACUCGGGACGAGUGCUGUUGAUCAAUGCGCAAGACCGCAUUGUCCGAACCUUCCACAUACCGAAUCUUGCCGCUGAGGACCUCGACCUUGACACGAUACACUUUACGGAGGAGCACAAAUUUUCGGAUCAAGUCAACAGGUUAUCGUGGAACCACGUUACGUUCAGCUCGGCGUCAGAGUACGUUGCGGCGUCAACAUACAACAAUCACGAGAUUUAUGUCUGGGAUAGGGGCAUGGGCAGCACAGGUCUCAUUAGAAUUCUGGACGGCCCUAAGGAAGAACAGGGAGUUGUGGAGUGGCACCCAGAGCGGCCGUUCAUCGCCACUUGUGGCCUCGAGACUGGAAGGGUAUACAUAUGGUCUGUCAUACCCGAGCAGAAGUGGUCUAGGCUCGCGCCCGACUUUGCGCAGGUCGAGGAGAACCAGGAGUAUGAGGAGAUGGAGGACGAGUUCGACAUCUACGGCCAGGAGGAGCUGCAGAAGAGACGACUGGACGCAGAAGACGAGGAUGUGGACGUCGUCACCUCGACCAUCGUCAACGGGCAUUCUGGCGGAACAGGGGACUUCCGCAUGCCGAUUCUCUAUGAUCUAGGGGAGAGCGACAGCGAGGAGGAGUUCGUUACGAUAUCUACCGGAACCAUGCGGAGAAGGAGUCCAGGUGCGGAUGGAGAGAUACCAGACAGCGAAGUCGUCGAGGACAAGAUCCCAUCAAGAAAGGGAAGGGCGGGUAGAGGCAGAAGAAGAUGA